AUGGGAGAUAUUUCCGAUUAAUUGAAUCAGUUGAUGCAAAAGUAUGAGCAGCUCGAAGUUUAGUGGAAAAAGGAGUGCGAUAGUGUUUAGAAGAAGGAUGAACUUAUAAAUCAAUUGAAAUUAGAGUUAAAUGAGAAAAAUAAAUUAAUUGUCACUUUAACAUCUGAAGUAGAUUCCUUGAAUGUCUACAUUAAUGAUUCCAUUUCUGAAAAAAAAUAAUAAACGAGCAAACUUAAUGAAUUAGAUAAAAAGUAUUAGAAGGUGAGAGAUGAAUAUAAUAAAUUAAAACAAAAAUUGAUUGAUCGUGAUCUUCACAUCCAAGAAUAAGAAAAAGAAUAUAAUCUGUUAAAUUCUUAAGUUUAAAGUGAGACUGAGCGUCUAAUCAAAACAUAUGAAAACAAAAUUUAACAAUUAGAAGAAGAAAAAGAUUAGUUGAAAUAGGUGAAUGAAUAGAAGGAAUAAAAAAUAUCAUCUGACAGCUAUAAAAAAUGGUUCAUUUUAUCUGUGGUUUUUUAUCCAUUGAUAUUUGGAUUGACCAAAUUCUUGAGCAAAAAAAAAUGA